UACGGCGAGUUGUGGAUUUCAUCGACCGAAUGCUUCUGCGGCCAGCGUCACUGUUUUAAAAACCGCAUAUUUCUGCUUGUUGGCUAAAACUGUGAAAAAAUGUUCCGCAAAAGGAGUACGAAAAGCGACCUGCAGACGGAGUACACCUGCAGUAUCCGUUUUCUGGACGACUCUGAACCCAUCCAGUUGAGUUUCAAGAAAGACACAAUUGGACAAUGGCUGUUCGACAGGGUGUGCGAGAAGUUGAACCUGGUAGAGAAGGACUACUUUGGACUGCGGUUUGUGGACAGCGAGAAGCAGAGACACUGGCUGGACCCCUUGAAAACUGUAUACAAACAAAUGAAAGGUGUGAACCCCAUGGUGCUUUGUUUUCGAGUGAAGUUUUAUCCCGAGGAUCCCAUGAAACUGCAUGAGGAAAUUACAAGAUAUUACCUGUUUCUUCAGCUCCGCAGAGACCUCCAUCAUGGCAGACUGCUGUGUUCACCAUCCGAUGCGAUCGUUAUGGCAGCAGACAUCAUACAAUCUGAAGUUGGUGACUAUGAGCCCGAGGAACAUCCACCUGGCUACAUUGCCGAGUUCAAGAUGCUGCCAAAACAGACUCCAAAGAUGGAGGAACAAAUGCAUGAAAUCCACAAGACUAUGAAGGGACAGGUGCCGGCUGACGCAGAAGCAGAUUUCCUCAAGAAAGCUGCUGCAAUGGAAACAUACGGGGUCGAUCCACACCAGGUUAAGGACCAGCGAGGAGACCAGUUGUAUUUGGGGGUUACGUAUCAAGGCAUCAUGACAUUUCGAGGCAGCAGACGAACUCAACUCUUUAAAUGGAACCAGAUUCGAAGAAUAGCGUAUGAGGGAAAGAUGUUUAUUGUUCAUGUCAACAUCUCGGAGGAUGAAGAUACUCCACCCAAGAAGAGGAAGAAAGAAAAGAAGCAACAACCGAUUGGCUACAAGUGUUCGACUGUCGCGGCUUGCAAGUAUCUAUGGCGAUGUGCCGUCGAACAGCAGCUGUUUUUUACCCUGUCGACAUCUCUGAAUGCCCCGAAGAUUCGUUCUGGAGGCUCUCUCCUGUCACGUGGAUCCAAGUUCCGAUUUAGUGGUCGGUGUCAGAUGGAAGCAUAUUCGGCAAGUGAAAACAUCAAGAGGUCAGAGCCUAACUUUCCCAGAACCAAUUCUUUACCCAGUGUUGUCCGCAAACACCACUCGCAUGACCCAAACGAGAGUAAGACUAGCACCCUUAACAUGUCGGUCAUGUCGGAGCCACUGCCGGAAGCUCGAAGACCGUAUAACGUUUAUCUGGCCAGGAAUCGUGGUGAAGAACCAGAAGUUAACUUAAAACAAGGUCAAGAAGCAGCAAUUGAUGUGCCGCAGUUGAAUUCCACCAUCUUGGAUGAGGGUCCAACAAAGAUUGCACCAAUAGCAGUACCGGAGGAAGUGAUGAUACAAGACAAGGCGAAAAAUGUCUCGUCCACUCCUAUCAUCAAGAUCAACGGCUCCGUUCCCAUGAACACGAGUGGCCUUGACACGAGUGCCGACAUAUCGUACAACCCAAACCAGACGCGGGAAGACGACGAUGACGACGAAGAUGAAGCGAAGCCGAACCUCGACGAACAGAUCCAAAAGCUGGAGGAACACUACGAGAAGGUCAUGAUUGAGCAGAACAGUACGUCAUCCCCGGCAACGACAACCACCACACCAAACGUGAAACCCGUCGUCAAAGCUCCGCCCAAGUCCAAGUGUGCUGCAUGCGUGAAAGUUACCGCAAAACUCUUCUUCUAUUCACUCAUGUUUGCCAUCUUGCUGUUGGCUGUGACAUUUUUCAUCUGUUUUUACACCAAGUACCAGCACCCGUUGUUAACGGAAGCGCGGAAACAAUUGGUGUUCUUGGAACCCGUAAAGCACACCAUUGAUAAAACAAUUGACGCUGUUGUCAAGAAGUUUAAGUAAAAAAAAAACUAUAGGGUGUUUUUUUCUUCUUCUCAUUUUUUGUAUUGUGCUGAACUAUAUUAAUCUUCAACAUAUCAUGGCAAUAACAGAUCUGUUCAUCUUGCGAAAAGUUUCUUAUCAUAAACCUCUCUUGAAUACAAAACCUUAUUAUUGUUUAUUUUCUGAAUACUUUAAAAAAAAUAUUUAUAAUAUAUAUGUAUUUAUUUAUUUAAGUGAGGGAUGGGUAUAAUUAUUUGUGGACUUAUAAUGAGAAAAAAAUAUAAACAAUUUAUGUAUUUUAAUGAAGCUAUGUCUCUUUUCUUUUUUUUAAAUAUAAUUAGUUCUUUCAUUUUCAUUUAAAAUUGACAGUUCACAGUUUUAAGUAUAAAAUUACAUACAUUUUAACUUGACAAUAAAAGUAUAUUUUGCCACAUUAAAUUAUAGUUUUUCACAAAUAGCAUUAAUAGGAAAGGAGGCAUCAUCAUUUCUUUAAUUUGCCUGUUAUUUUCCCGUCGUCUUUUUCACAUUUGUCAUAAUUGAAACAUAAAAACACUGUAUAAGAAAACCUCACAGGGUGCUAUAUUUCACUUGUAUUACAUUUACACAACAAAUGUAUUUGUUUUAAACAUCUUGCUUGAUUCAUAAUAUGUUGUCAUUUGUGGAAUUUUAAAAAUUCUUUUCUUGUUUUUCUUAAUUUACUGUAAUAAUCUGUUAAAUGAGGGUAUUCUUCAAGGUGCACAUUCCUGGCAGCUAUAACAAAUCAAGCAUAAUAGAUGUUUUGUGGCCUUGGUAUAGUAAAGCACAUAUUACUUUAUAAAACCUGAAAAAGUAACACAAUUUUAAAUACACGGUUGUAUUCCUUAAAUAUGCAACAAUGUUCUUUCACCUCUAUAAAUGAUUGCUAAAUAAUAUGAUCUGCCAAAAGAGGGUUUUUUUUUAUGUGUCGAAAAUGGUGUCUGUAUUCUUGAGAGGUUUUUAGAGGUAUUACGGUUAAUGUUCUUGUUUUUACCAUUUCAGUGCCGAGUCAGAUGCUUAGAUAUCAAAUCAGACAAUUAUUGUUACAAGUAUUAUUGAUUGUUGAGAAACUAUUAUCUAUGACGUAUUCUGUUUGUUGUUGGUGAGAUAGAUACAGUUUAAAAUAUUGUCAUUUGUAAUUUAAUGGUAAUUAAUGCAUUUUGUGAUUUAAAAAAUGUCAAAUACUAGUGUCAUUAAUUAUCAAUACUAGAAGUCAGGACAAUUCUUUAUGAAAGCAAUUCUAAAAGCUACAUUAUAAAUUUUUUUGAACUACAAUAUAAUUCUUCAAAACAGCACUCUAAUUUUAUUCUGAGAUGGUGAACAAAAUUUAAUUAAUGUAACAAAAAUACAAGUUUGGUAUCUGUAUCUGUGCUUGGCACUGAAUAAAAACAAAGUAGUGUGGGUUUAAAGGAUUAAGAUUGAUUUAACAGAGUGGUGGAAUUGCGGGAACUAUUAAGAAACCAAAUUAAGGAAUUCUUUUAGUUGUAAAAUUGUCAUAACUGUAACGGAACUAAAUAGUGGAACUCUUGAAUUGUGAAAUGAUCACAACUGCUAUGGAACUGAAUUGUGGAAUUCAUAAAGUCUAAGAAUUGUCAGAACUGUUAAUGUCACUGCAGUGAACUGUACACUAUGGUAAUUAGAACUGUUGAUGGAAAAAUUAAUAUGUUAUAUUUUUAUCUGUUUGUUAAAUAACAUAGCUGUCAGUAUAUGAAUUUCAUAACAUCUUGACCAUUGUAAAUGACUCUUUCUUCAUCUCACUAUUGCAAAUCAUCCUUGUUCAUGUUUUAUUUUAAAAUAUACCAGUACUAUAAUUUGUAAAUUGUACAGAAUAUACUUGCACCAUAAUUUGUCAGUUGUACAAUAUAUUCUGGUACCAUAAUUGUCAAUUGUACAAUAUAUUCUGGUACCAUAAUUGUCAAUUGUACAAUAUAUUCUGGUACCAUAAUUGUCAAUUGUACAAUAUAUUCUGGUACCAUAAUUGUUAAUUGUACAAUAUAUUCUGGUACCAUAAUUGUUAAUUGUACAAUAUAUUCUGGUACCAUAAUUGUCAAUUGUACAAUAUAUUCUGGUACCAUAAUUGUUAAUUGUACAAUAUAUUCUGGUACCAUAAUUGUUAAUUGUACAAUAUAUUCUGGUACCAUAAUUGUUAAUUGUACCGUAUAUACUAGUACCAUAAUUUGUAAAAUGUACAGUUUGGUAAUUAAAUCUUAUUGAUUUGGGACAUUUAUAAUAAUAAUACAAAGAAUGUUUUUAACAAUCAAGCACAGCAGGCAUGUGCAUUAUUUUAAUCCAGCAGGUUUGUAAAUUAUUUUAACUUAUUACUUGUGAAAGUAUUUAAUAAUAUGCAAGUAUGUUUCUUAUAGUUUACUGAAUAAGAAAAGAAAUGAAAUAUUUUAAUAAAUAUUUUUGUUCAUAAAAACAUUUAUUCGGUAAAUUGACUGUCAAAAUAGGGCUAAAAUGUUCACAAGACAUUGGUAGUUUUAAUGGACACAAAAACUAAUGCGAUUCAAACUUAAUAAUGUUAAUUAAAUUAAAGGAAACUAGAUCAAUAUUCAGUUUUCUUUUGUUGUGCAGUAUAGCAGUACCUUUACUAUAUAACACAUUAUUUUUUCUCGUUUUAGAACUUAUUCUGACCUCACAAACUAGAGUGCAUUAGUUAUUAAUAUUAAUGAAAAUUAUAGUAAUUGUUUUAAAUAACAGUGACCACCUCUAAUAAGUAACUUAAGAGGACAAAUUUAUCUUUAUCCAAAUUUAACAAUUACAAACUGACUUGUAUUAAGCAGUCACCUGUGUUAAAAAUGCCAUAUUAGAAUCAACCUUUCGGUGUCUGUAUGACAUGGGUUUAACUGUAUAAUCGAUUGACUGACUAUGAUAACCUGUGGUACUGAACAUUAAGUGUGUCGUUACUGGGUUUUCCACACCUGGGAAGGGUGGAGACACACUUCAGCUGUUCUCAUCCUGCGAGUUUUGCUAUUAUUAUACUGGUGUUGCCCUGUUCCUGCUUUCGCAGUAGGAUGAGAAAUCUGAGAAUGAAGAUGGCUGCUGUUAGACUUAGAUAAACAGUCGAACCUGCUGUGGAGGACACCUUGUAUAUAACACCUGGUAUAUAACACCUGAUAUAAUGCCUUGUAGAGCACCUGGUAUAACACCUGUCUAUAAAGGACACUUAGGUAGUUCUCUCUUCCAGACACAAUACAGGGUUUCCCUUUUAAGUACCUGAUAGAAGUAUGUCUGAUCUAAGUGCACAGUACAGAUAUUUCCCAUCUAAGCAUGCAAUGCAGAUUUUUCCAUUCUCCAUACUAAAUUCAGGGAUUUCUGACUUUGUUAGUGAAAAACCUAGAAUAGUGAAAAAUGUACUUUGAGAAUGAUCAGGAGGAUUGAUUGCACUCCACAAAAUAUAAAAUAUAUUGGCAUGACACACAUCUGAAUAAAUUGGAUGGCAAAGUCGACAGGGAGUCAUUCUCAUCAUUAUGGACUGGAUUUGGUCAAUACUUAAAGUGUGGUUACUUCAAAGGGUAUAGUGUUUUGGACUCAUCAGAUAUACAGAAAUACAGAUAUUUCAUUCUAGGUGUACAUGCAGGCAUUUCGUUAUACAUAUAAAUAAAAAUAUACAGGUAUUGCCAUCAUACCCGUACAGUUAAGGUAUUUCCAAGCUACAUACAAAUGCGGGUUUUUCAGCACGUAAUAUGUAUUGGCCACCUGUUCAUAAAGGCCAGUGAUUGUAUGUCAGUUGGGUGACCUUUAUAGACAGGUUUUGGCUGUGUGUAACUGACAUCACAUGUAACGUUCACUACCACAGGAUGGAUGCACAACGCAUGGCAAGCAAUGACAGACAAAUCUGAAUGACAGAACCGUAAUACGUGAUCAGGGCCGUAUCUCUGCACGAUACAGAGUCAAACGGGCAUUUGGCAAAAUAGUGAUUAAUUCCAUGUAUCUCUAUCUAGUGCCUCGUCUAUAGGACAGCCACUCCCGAGGAGAUCCUUUUCUGGAGAUUUCAUCCUUGUUGCACCCUCCACAAAGAGGUCUGCCACUCCCAACUAGUUUACUAAAUUAAAACUAGCACCGGACAGAGGUCAUUAGAAUAAGUACAGCUGUGAUGACAUGCACUCCUGAAUCACUGUCAUAUCAUUGAUGAUAUGAGGUGUUUGCGAAAGGUGAGUAUAUCCUGCCCCACCAGUGGCACCCGUCAUGAGUCCUUCCAUCACAGCUGUAAAGUCUGUCACUUUAUCUAAAACGAUGAAAAAAUUAUAAAUGUGUUUUACCUCAUUAUAACAAAAAAAAAAACAACUUCUUUAUGUAAAUGAUUUUAAAAUUUGCUGAAAAAGAGACAAGUAAACUUUAUGAAGACCUAAUAUUAUGGUAUAGCAAUCGGAAUGACAAAACCAUCAUCCGUGAUCAAAACGUAUCUGCACAAUGCAGUUAAAAGGGUAUUUGGCAAAAUACUUGGGGAAAAUGCUUGGGAAUAUUUUAUUGUAGUGGUUUAAAACCAGUGUACUAAAGACAAACUGGAUGUUUGACUAUCUAUUUAGGCCGAUUUUGGCAGUAUGCUACAUACAGUUCUGUGAUAGAUCUUCAUUUCACAUUUGUAGCCACAGCUGUCCCACCUAACAAAACUUUAAUGUUACAAAUACAGGCUUUUCCACAACUAAUAUAUAUAUAUAUAUAUAUAUAUAUAUAUAUAUAUAUAUACAUUUAUAUACAUUUAUAUAUUAUAACAGGCCUAUACAAGUAAAAGAGGUUGGUUGUUGCUUCCUGGACACUGUAUGCUUUGUCUUUUAGGUAAAUAUUCUGUCAAAUAGUGUGGAGUUGCAUGAACAAUAUACAUAUACAACAUGUACUUUGUUUUGUAGUCCAGUCAAAAGCUGGAACCAAAUUUACAAAACAUCUUCACUUUACAUUUACAGUUAGAAGCUGUAUGUUUACAAGUAUUUGGUAUCUAUUACACACAGAACAUUACGACAGUAUGAAAGAUGGGUUACAGUAAGGACAGAAGAAAAUGAUUCAUGUAUAAUUGAAAUUGUGUUAUUUGUACUGUUUCUAAUUAUAAACAGUAUUAUUUCGCCUGUAGAUACGUGUUUUAUGUACAAAUCUAAGCUAAUAUUAGUAAUAAAUCUGCAUUGAAAAAAAUAAUCUUUAUAAUUACAGUAAAUUUGAAAUUUAUUUUAAUUUUUUUUUUGUGUUUACUGUUAUUCAUAUUCCAUAAUUAUUUAGUUUCCUAUGUGAAUUAGAUACCAAAUAUCUGCAAACACAAAGUUGGGAUGUUUUGUGCAUCUGGCCAUCAACACUGCAUGCACUUGUGAACUAACAUAACUAUUGAACUAGAUAACUUUUGUCUAAUGAUUGUUACAGCCAAACUAUAAUCUUUUACAUUCAUAUGCUUGCUGUUAGCAAUUUUGCCUGUCAAAUAUUUUUUUACUUACGAAAACUAAUUUUUAUUUAAUUCACAAAUAAGAAUAACUUUCAUAAGUAGAGGUACAACCACUUCGCCAGGGUUUUUUAAGGUUCAUUAAUUUGUCAAUUUGUUUUAUAGAUUUGCAUAAAAGCUCAUUAAUUUGCAACUGGCUGUAUUUAUUUAUUUGCCUAAUUAACAUAUCUUCUGGAAAUGUAUUGGAUAAAUUAUUACUAGGACAGUUUUCAGGAAAAUAUAUUGUAUAGAUGGAAGCUUUUUGUUAUAUACCCAAAUGUUGGAUUGGUAAUCGGGAAUUUGUUUUGCCACAGAUUCAGGUAAUGGGAUAAAUGUAAGAAAUGAGACCAUUUUUCUCCAUGAAAUCUCGACAGAUUGAUGUUUUUGUUACCUUAAUUUUCGCUCUUUUGGCAGAUUAUAAUAAAUACAGUUGAUUUUGUUGUUGUGUAUAUGUGUGUUGGUAGUUAAAUUUGUUUUGUUAAUUGUUUUAAUUGCUUAGUUAUUUGUUGUUUCUAAGUCCAGUCUUAUACACUUUGAUUGGAAACUAAUAUAUAAAUUUGUAUGUCAAUACUUAAGCUAUCCACCACAUGUUUUUGUAUUGUGGAUCUUUCUUCCCAAUGGAUGUAUGAUUUGAAGUCAGUAUAUUUUUUUGGAUAAUUUAGGUUACAAAAAUAUUUCUUCGAUUUGUUUUGUGAAUAAUAAAAUAAUUGAUGAAUUAUUCAAUAACGAAAUUAUUAUAAUUUAAAAUUAAUUUAUUUAAAAGUAAUAAACUGUCAAGUUUCACUGUUAAUAUUUAUUUAUAAAUAUGAGUUAAACAAAAGGAAAUUGGAAAAAAAAGGAGUUUAUUUUUGCCUUGCUUCGAGUAUUUCAUACAUUCAUUAUUGCAGGGAUUGUUAGAAAUGUUUAGAAUAUUUUACUAUUAUGUACACAUAGUUUUCCAACUUCUGUUUUCCAAGUGAUGUACUGGAAUAUUUCAGAUGUAAUGGACAACAUAGAAAUAUAUUUUUAAAAUAUUCUGUCUAGAAAGAAAUAUUGGGUUCGGUUUUUUCCUUUUUGUAGUGUCAUUGUUGUAGUUCGACUAGAUUAGUUUCUGUUGCUCUAUGUUUUUUUAUAUAUACACCUACAUGUGUAAAUAACACCAUUUGUAAAUACAAAUCUUCAUAAUGACAGAGAUAAACGUGGGAUAGGUCUUGAGACUGCUGUUUUGUAUGUCUUUAAUUAUCAUGUCUUUGUUUAUCAGUUAAAACCAUUAUAAAUUCAAUUACCUGGUCAUAAUAAUUGCAGUGGAAGUGAAUUCAAAUUAAAGUCACAUUAUCAAAGCUGCAUUAUAUAUAUUUGCUUAUAUGUCAAAAUCUAUUUUAAAUUAUAAUCUUAUAGAUGAUGAUUAGGGGCAUUAGAAUACUGGGAUUGUUGGUAUUACAUGUGGCCUAAUUAUAACUGUAGUUAGUUUCUUCUAUUAAGAUCCAAAUGGUGAUGUUACACAUUCAUAACGAACAUUGUCAAGGAACAGGGUUUUUUUCCUAUUAUUAAGAAUGGGUAAACAAAAUUUUAAAAUAUAUUAAGGUAAUUAUUAAAAUAGCUGAAAACCAUUUAAAGCUAAGAUAAUUAUGGACAAAGGUGAUGUCCAUAUUAUUUCAUUUUUAAAAAUUAAUUGUGACAAAUUUUAACUUUGAUGAAACUACAGUAAAAUCAGUUAUAAUAUAUUUACAAUGAUCCUACUUUCCAAAAUAUGUACCUUCUGUUUUGCAUAAAAUGCAUUUAAAGCUAUGAUAAAACACUGGGACAAACAAACAAGAAACAAUGCAUUUGCCAAAAAAAAUUCAAUUUAAACAAAAAGUUGUAAAAGUUUUAUAAUAGGUUAUAAGGAUUAAAAAGAUGUAAUACAUGAACUUUUUUUACACUGCCUAAUAAUGAGAGUCAGUGCCUUUGAUUGAUUCCUGACUAACACAUAUUUCCUCUGUGGGUGACCUCAACUAAUGGACGUAAGAGAGGCACUUGUCCUUUUAAACGCUUUGACAAAUACUGGAAUAAAUCUGAUAACAAGAACAGGUUAAAAAUCUGUAUUAUGUGAAAUUAUCGUGUUUUGUAAGUGCUGCUUAUAAAAUUAUGUUGCUAAUGUUGUGACCACUGUGUUGUUAAGGAUUUCUGUAAGCAUUUAUGCUGCAUAUUCUUGGUUUGAGCCGCAAAGCUUGUAAACUUUUGUAAGCUAUUGUUUAUCAACAUAUCUUUUUAUCAUUUAUUUUAUUCUUUUAAGAUACUCAAAUUUUUAUUUUGCUUCUUUGUACAUUUUACCCAAAUUUUAAUGUUUAGCUGUAGAUGUUUUUUUGGUGAUAUUUUAUUUAUACUUGAUGAAUUUUACAGAAAUUCUACAUUUUAAGCUCUGUUUUUGUUGUCGGUUAUUACAAGCUGAAAUUUAAACUUAUGCUGUGCAUAUAUGUCAUGUUAACUGUGAACUAGAUUAUUUACUUUAUGAAUAUUUACAAUCUACCAUCAUGAGAAGGAAAUUUGGAGAAAAAAAAUUAAAGUUGAUGUCACCAUAAAUGCAAUAAAGCUUAUUUGUUUUCUCA